AUGGAAACAGAGAAAACAGAGGAAUCAGAAGGCGAAAGUAGCCAAAACUUUGAAAAUGCAAAACCUGAAGCUGUAAAUUUGGAAAAUAUGAUAUCCCAAGUUUUUUCUUCCUUGGAUGAUAUUCAGCCAUUAGUAAAGGCCGACUGUGACUCUUUGUCGACUGUGGAAUACUACGACCCAAACACCGAAAAAUGGAUGUUGGCGCCCGCAAUGUCAAUGAUGAGAUCUCGUUUGGGCGUGGCUGUGAUAAAACAUAACUUGUACGCUUUCGGAGGUUAUAACGGCAAGGACCGGCUGUCCAGCGUGGAAGUUUACGAUGCCAUACAGAAGAAAUGGAGUGUGUGUAUAUUUAGUGCUCUAGGUGCUACAGCUUUGGGAGACAUAAUUUACGUUUGUGGUGGAUAUGACGGUGUUACUUCAUUAAAUUCUGUAGAAAGAUAUCACCCUAAUACGAAUUCUUGGUGCUCGUUGGCUCCCAUGAAUAAAUCUCGAAGUGCUGGAGCUGUAAUUGCGUGCCAAGGUAAUAUUUAUGCGUUGGGUGGACACGAUGGAUUAUCAAUAUUUGAUUCCGUUGAACGGUAUAAUCCGACCACGAAUACUUGGACAGAAGCGCCGCCAAUGCUUACCAAAAGGUGUCGUUUGGGCGUGGCAAUGUUAGGAGGCAAACUUUAUGCUUGCGGUGGCUAUGAUGGCAGUUCUUUUCUACAAACCGUCGAAAUGUAUUGUCCAAGAACAAAUAAAAAAAUAUCGCUAAUUUCUCAGAAAUCUUUCAAAACUCCAGUUCAAUCUAUGGCUUUCAAAUAUAUCAAAAAAUUAGCUUUAUAUUCAACUUUGAGAUACAAUAUAAAUAUAAAAUACUAUCUUUUUCAUCUCGUUUAUCAAGAAUUGAUAAACAAGUGGUUUGUUAUUGAUGCAGAAACAAAUCUUACAUGA